AUCAUACAAUAAAACAUUGUUAUUAUUGUGUUGUCAUGGGAUGAACCUGGACGCUUCCAUGCCACCAUUCAAACAUCAUCCAGUCAAGGGACAAUGGCACUUCUGUCAUUACAUACCAAGCGCACUGCCAUAAAGUAGGGUUUCACUGCCCUUCAAGUACUGAACGGAGGGACAUCCGAGUUUGAAACAGCAUUUCGGUAUGGCAUCAAAGAGCAAGAUUCUGUUUAUCGGAGGGACUGGAUAUAUCGGAAAGUAUAUCGUGGAAGCCAGCGCAAAAGCCGGCCAUCCGACUUUCGUACUCGUAAGAGAGUCCACUCUUUCUAACCCUGCCAAAUCCAACGUCAUCGACAAUUUCAAGACCCUCGGCGUCACUUUUGUUACCGGAGAUUUAUAUAAUCACGAGAGUCUGGUGAGUGCGAUUAAGAAAGUAGACGUGGUGAUCUCAACUGUGGGUCACGCUCAAUUACGUGAUCAAGACAAGAUUAUUGCUGCAAUUAAAGAGGCUGGAAAUGUCAAGAGAUUCUUUCCUUCAGAAUUUGGUAAUGAUGUUGAUCGUGUCCAUGCUGUGGAGCCGGCAAAAACAGCAUUUGGGAUAAAGGCUAACAUCCGCCGCUCUGUUGAGAAAGAAGGAAUUCCAUACACCUAUGUAUCAUCUAAUUUCUUUGCUGGCUAUUUCCUUCCCACUUUGGCACAGCCUGGAGCCACAUCUCCCCCAAGGGAUAAAGUGGUCAUCUUAGGAGAUGGUAAUCCAAAAGCAAUUUUCAACAAGGAAGAUGAUAUUGGAACCUAUACCAUCAGAGCAGUGGAUGAUCCAAGAACCUUGAACAAAGUCCUUUACCUAAGGCCUCCUGGCAACAUUUACUCAUUCAACGAUCUUGUCUCUCUGUGGGAGAAAAAGAUUGGUAAAAACCUUGAGAGGGUCUAUGUAUUGGAAGAGCAACUUCUGAAAAACAUUCAAGAAGCUUCGGUUCCUCAGAAUGUGAUAUUAUCUAUUGGCCACUCAGUGUUUGUGAAGGGAGACCACACCAACUUUGAGAUCGAACCAUCGUUUGGAGUUGAAGCCACAAAGCUUUAUCCUGAUGUCAAGUACACCACCGUGGAUGAGUACCUCAAUCAGUUUGUUUGAAUCAUCUUUGUCUAUCUACAGCUCCUCAAUAAAUAAACUAUAUAUUUUAGGCUUUAAUACUGGUUUGCUUUCCCUGCUUUUUCUUGUAUUUGAUGUACCUAGCAACGAAUAAGCUUGGUUCUGCUAUUUUCUUAGCAAGUUGUGUUUUUUCUUUUUCUUUUUAAAUAUUAGUCUUGCCAUGUUUGCGUGUACCAAUGGCUCAAAAAUUUAUAUAAUUGGUGAUGUUGUAUCUUA